UAAGGCCAGAGCAUCAGACAUUAGUUGCCAUUCUGUGGGGCACCCUUCCUGUGAAUCUCUACUCCGUUUUUAUUUUAUAAAAUAUUUUUAGGGUAGAAAGGUCAAAAAUAAAUAGUAUCCUUCCCGCUCUUUCCCAAUCGUCCAUUAAUUUGGAAACUCUUUCAUCGGAAUUUAUCGAAAGACAAUUGCUAACGCAGGAACCCUAUAGAGCUGUGGUAAAAUUUGACGCCUGACAAUUCAGUUCGACAUUGGAAAAAAUAAAAUUGGUUUACGGCACGCACUAGUCACGCAAUUUAAACUUACUCGCACGAUGGCAUCCAAACGCAAAUAUUCUGAAUCCAACUCGAAUCCGACUGAGGGUAAGGAGAAUAUGAAGCGUUUGCUAGGUAAUAGCGAUACGGAGGACGGCGAGGAUAAAGCCGCACUAGAAGGCGAGGAACCCUCAACCAGUACUCAAUCUGGGCGAGACAUAGAGGAACCCUAUGGAGCUGGAACCUCCCCGCAACUUCCCGGAACGUCCUGUGCCCCGAUUUCUGCACCGUGGCCCACAACUUUUUAUCAUGGGGGUGUCGUUUUCCACUAUGGCACACAGCUCUCCCAUCCCAUCCAAUCGAAGGCCGACGUCGAGCUGAUGCCACCUUCCGAGCCGAAUACUGUACUCAAGGUUGUGGAACUGAAAGAAUUAGUCAAGUUGAUCCCACCACGGCCUCGGGAUGAGUCGGAGGCUCCGGAGUGGCUUCAGCAGUGGAGCGAGAUCGUUGGCAGGCAACUGCUUAUCCUGAUCAUGACCUCGAGUGCCGAGCCCCCAACCGCGGGAAAGUCGGGGAUCAUAGUGGGUGCCCCGCAGAGUGCCUCGCAGGUCGCCUACCUAUUCCGGCACGGGGACGUCGAGGCGAGUAUGGAUCGUUAUAUAGACAAGUACGGGGAUUCGAAGGCCAAAAGCCUUCGUUCAAUGUGGGAGGAGCUGUACGGCCCAUAUGUGCAGAAGCACCUGAACAGAAAGCUGAAACUGGCGAGCUUCCCAGUGGGUUGGAAGUACGGCCCCCCUAGGUUCCUAGGCCCACGCGUCCAGCCCUUGCGCUUGCGCUUGAGAACGGUGGUCUGCAGACUGUUCUGCACUCUGCAGAUGUCCAGAGCCGUGGAUCUGGAGGUGGCGGCCAGGAGCCUAAGCAACGCCGUCUACCAAAGCCGCCUAGGUGUGGUCGAGCUUCAGUACGAGGCCCCCCAGAGGGGCUGGCUUUGGGCCAACGGAACGGUGAUGAUUAUCAACGUGCAAAGUGAGGCCACUCUGAACAAGAACCUGCGCGAUGUGGUGUCCCGGGCCAUGGGCAUAGACGACUUCAGCCUCGAUCCCCGCCAGAAGCUGCAUCUAGUGCGACUCUACUCGAAGACCCGCUUCCCCUGGGAAGUGAGCCUGCGGGGUUUCAGCAGGGUCCAAGCCCCGACUUCAGGUCCAAUCCUUCCCAGGACGGAGGUCGUGCACUACGUCAGCAAGAAUAUGCCCGGAGUGUCGGCCAGGGUCUUUAGGUCGGGAGAGUGCCACACCUUAGCCUCGACCACGGCGCAGGCGGAUAAGAUGAUGAGGCACCUGUACAUGCUGACGGCCAUUUAUCAAAAGUACUUUUAAAACAAUGCAUGGAAAGAAGGCCUACAACGAAUAAAUAUUCUGUGCUUAAUAAGGAAAA